UCCGUCAAAAAGAAAUGGCAGGUAUUUGCAAUAUACUUGGCAACAUUCCUGUCUACCACGCUGUGUGCAUAGGCAUAUCUGGUUUAGUGAGCUCUUGUGGAAUCGUUCCCCUGGUUUUGCAUUAUGUGAACAAAACCAUCCACCUUCCAAUAUUUAUGAUUGUUAUGUACUUUGUCUUGGCUAUUGGUAGCGGGAUCUCCUUCCUUCUUUCAGCUUUUAAUUUAGUUAAAGAUUGGAUAAAGGCUUCAGCACCUGAGGAGGAGGUUGCCCCACCUGAACAAGAACUCCCACAGUUCCCUGGUGCGCCUGUGCCCUGAUUUCGAGUUGCUGAUGCUGUCACCCCAUUGUUAAGAGGAUGAGUUAACUAGAAGUUUAAUUUUGCACAAGUUUACUUGAUCUAGUGUAAGAAUGUUUUAUUUUCUGAAGUUUAAGCGUAAGAAUGUUUUAUUAAAUUGCUGAAGUUUAAUUAAU